CAUUCUUCUCUGUUUCAAUUGUUUCAAUUGUUCCAAGUGUUUCAAAUACCCUCCUCCUCCAAUCAGAGCUUUAGCUUGUUUCAAAUUGGAGAAAGAGAGCAAAAACCCACCAAUGAAAAGUCUAGCUUGUUUCAAAUGUUUUUCAGCCAAUCAUCACUCUCCGAAAGUCCUGGAACGUAACUUGACCACGUAAAAAUUUUUUUCCGGCAGCCAUUGUUUGAUCAUACCUACCCGGUGAGUAUCUGUGGUGAUUUCGCUUAAUUUGCAAAGAAAUCCACAUCAAGGACUAUAAAUGUGAUGAAAUAUGACAUCAACACCUCUAGCCAAAUGCAUUUUUUGACUACAGAGGCUUCCCGAACUGUGUAAUUUAACAACGUCUGUAGAUCGCUAGCUACUGUAGCUCUAGUAUAGUGUGCUGCACGCUGUGCGCAGGCAAGUUAGCAUUGUCUAUCAAAUAUUUUUCUGACAGAAAUGGGUAAUAUCCUAUGUAUGUGUAUAUAUAUAUAUAUAUAUAUAUAUAUAUCGCAAAGAAGUGCAAAUAAUCAAUUAGUACAAUUUGAUGAAAUAUGACAAUAACACGUCUAGCCCCAUCGUUUCAUCAUACCUACCCGGUGAGUAUCUGUGGUAAUUUCGCUUAAUUUGUAAAGAAAUCCACAUCAAGGACUAUAAAUGUGAUGAAAUAUGACAAUAACACGUCUAGCCAACCGAAUUGUUUGACUACAGAGGCUACCCGAACUGUGUAAAUUAACAACAUCUGUAGAUCGCUAGCUACUGUAAGCAACGUUUACAAAAACAAAACAAAAAACCUAUAAAACCUUAGCUAACAUCUAUAUCAACUCAAACUUUGAAUUGUAUACUGUUUAAUUGUCUAUUUUUCUUCGUUUUUUGAUGGCAUGCGUUUGAAGUGCAUGUAGUUGGAUGCAUUGUAUGAUAUGUGACAACAUGAUUGUCAUUGGGGCAAACGUGGCUUUCUAUGAUUGUAACUAAACUGAAUUUCACUGCAUAUGAGCUAAUAAUCAACCUAACCCGGCACCCCCGUCCGUACCACUGAUAUUGUCUUAUACCCCCCCCUCACUGCUGUCCUCCGAGCAGACUUAUCAAGCCAACGUAAGUUCCUUUAUAUGUAUCUAAUACGGUUAUGCUGUUACUUGUCACUGCACUCCUCAGUCAUGAUAAUAGUGUUUUUCUUCCCUCCUAAGAUGGAAAAUCCUAGUUUCCGGUUCACGGCCUCACAGGAGUUGGUCCUCAAGUCCACACCGGAGGCAGUUAAAGUGGCCGCUGACGGGCCCCCUGCUUCUGGUGCCCAGGGCCCUCCUGUGAGGGCAAAGAAGUGGGAGGAAGUGGAAGCAGAGGCUCGAGCCCGUGUCGUCUCUGAGGGAGGUGACCCCGGUGCAGAAAUGGUCGUUCUGAGCCGGUGCGCGGUUCAGUUCGGCAAGUACCGGGGUCAGACCUUCAAGUGGAUGAUGGAGAACGACGUGGGCUACAUGGUGCACCUGGUAACGGUGCAUCAGAAGGAGAGGGAGCGAGAGCGCAGUGUUUCCCAGCAUCCCCUGAUGGCCAACAAGGACGCCUUGACUCGCUACUCGUGCGCCUAUCCGGCCUUCGCUGAGAUGGUCAGGUUCAACCGGGCGCACGAGGAAGCUAAAGUCCUGUCCUCCCAGCCAGGCCAGGAGGGCAAGGCCCUUGUCGGCAUUGGGAAGUACAAGUGGGACACGCUGCAGGACCUGUAUGAGGCUACGGGUGCAGACAGGAUAAAAUAUGUCAGGAACUUGAGGACGCAGACACCCCGUUAUCCUGGGAGUGCGAUGGCCGCCUUAAUUGAUUACAUUCAGCGCAGAGACCGGGAGGGGGCAGCCAGCACCACCCCUGCCAGCACCAUCCGACCCAAGAGUGCGGCUACGCCUCUUGGACCUGCGAUCUCUGCGUUCCUUUCAAGGCGCUCUCUCGCCCCAGGCGAACUGCAGGCAAAGAUGAAGAAACUCAUUGCUUCUCAGCCUGCAGUUCAAGGGGUGUCUUUCCCUCGACCAGCACUGCCACCAACAGAUAUAUCAGACGCAGAGCUGGUCAAAGCAGCUGCUGACAUAGACACAUGUAUGUUUUUACAUCACUAUUAAUUGACAUAGGACAUUUGAGAAUUAUUCAGUUCAAGUUUUUGCUGACAUGUAUUAAAGUGUUUUGAAUAUUUUUCCCUAUCAUCAGCCCAAGGAAAUGUAUUG